AUGGCCGCCGCUGCCCCGCCCCGCCGCCGCCCUGCAGCCCACGGCCGCCGCCGGCUGUGGGGAGCUGCCGCCGCGCGCCAUGGGCAGCAGCAUUCGUCGUGUGCCAUGGCCAGGGGAUCCCCACCACGGGCACUAUGGGCAGCCACCGCCGUCGCGCGCGCCAUGGCCAUCGGCAGACGCCACCGCACGCCAUGGGCUCCCGCCCCGUGCGCCUUGUUGCCUAUAAAUAUUGUAAAUUGCCUACCAAUUGAUGCCGAGUUUCCUACUAUUGGAGAAAAUGUAGUGAAGUUGCCUAUUUUUUGCACUAAAGUUGUCUCUCGUAGAAAGAAAGUUGCUUAUAAAGGCAACUUAGGUCCCUUGAUGGACAACUUUCAUAGUAUUCCCGAGAAUAUGCAGGUGUUGUUGCAGCUUGGCCUCAGCCUUGUACUGCUUGCACCACAAUAUACUACUACAGCCGCGGCACCUAGCUCCCAGUGCCAGAGGCAAUGCGGCAACGUUGACAUACCAUACCCAUUCGGCAUCGGCGUGAACUGCUCACUCUCGAAACGGUUCACAAUCAAUUGCACGGUCCAAGAUGGCAUUCACAAGCCAUUCCGGGGCGACUUUGAGGUCCUUGAUAUUUCCUUGACUCACGCCACGAUCCGGAUGCUGAAUUACAUCUUGGGGUUCUGCUAUAACACCUCUACCAGAAGCAUGGAGUCCGUCGGCCGAUACGGUCGGCGUAUCCAAAUCCGAUCCGGACCUUCUUCUCCCCUCCGGCUCUCUGAUGCCAGGAACAAGUUCACGGUCAUUGGGUGCAACGCCCUUGCCUUCAUAUCUGACAAUGACACAGGCUACCAGGGCCUGGGUGUUGCAACAUGUCGUGACCCGUUAGAGUUGGUCGACGGUUCUUGCUCCGGGAUGGGUUGCUCUCAGACCACGAUACCAAACAAGAUUUACAACUAUGAAGUAGGCUUCUCGACAUUCGCUAACACAAGUAGGAUCUGGAGAUUCAACCGAUGCAGCUAUGCGGUGCUGAUGGAGGCAGCUGAGUUCAAGUUCGACGUCUCGUACAUAAACACCACAAAGUUCAACGACACAAAUGCUGGGCGGGCGCCUGUGGUAUAUGACUGGGCAAUAAGGGAUGUCGUGCGAUGUGAUGUCGCCCGACGGAACAAGACGGGCACAUAUGCAUGUCUCAGCAGCAACAGCAAGUGCGUCGAUUCAACCAAUGAUCAAGGGUAUAUGUGCAAUUGCACACAUGGGUAUGAAGGCAACCCUUAUCUUCAAGACGGAUGCACAGAUGUUAACGAAUGCAACUACAACCCAUGCCCUUCAGACGGCUUUUGCCACAAUAUUAUUGAAGAACACUGGUGUUCUUGCCGAGUAGGAAAAAGAUAUGUCAAGCAAAGCAACACAUGCAACCCUGACACCGGCUUCAUAAUAGGAGUUACAAUGGGAUUAUUUGGUCUAAUGGUUUUUAUUGUGAUUACUAUCUUCUGGGGACAACUGAUAAUUCAAAAGAGAAAAUUGAACAAAGUUAAGCAAGAGUAUUUUCGUCAACAUGGAGGCUUGCUUUUGUUUGAUAGGAUGAAAUCAGAUAAAGGUCUUGCUUUCACCGUAUAUUCACUAGCAGAGCUAAUUCAUGCCACUGAUAACUUUGACAAUAGUAGAAUACUCGGAAAAGGAGGCCAUGGAACAGUCUAUAAAGGGAUAAUAAAGAACAUGCCAAUUGCAGUUAAAAGAUGUGCAUUAGUCGAUGAUAGACAGAAGAAGGAAUUUGGCCAAGAGAUGCUCAUUUUGUCCCAAAUCAACCACAAGAACAUUGUCAAACUCUUGGGUUGUUGCCUUGAGGUGGAAGUUCCAAUUCUAGUGUAUGAGUUUGUACCACAUGGUACACUAUUCGAGCUAAUCCAUGGCAAGAACCACGCAUUGCAAAUAUCCUUCAACACUCUCUUAAGGAUUGCUCAUGAAGCAGCUGAAGGACUUUGCUUCCUGCAUUCGUACGCGUCUCCUCCAAUAAUUCAUGGUGAUGUGAAAACUUCCAACAUCCUACUUGAUGACAACUACAUGGCCAAAGUGUCGGACUUUGGAGCCUCCAUACUAGCACCGUCUGACAAAGAGCAGUUUGUCACAAUGGUUCAAGGUACUUGUGGAUACCUUGAUCCUGAAUACAUGCAAACAUGCCAGUUAACAGAGAAAAGUGAUGUGUAUAGCUUUGGAGUUAUCCUUCUAGAGAUCCUCACCGGUCAGUUGCCACUAAAGCUCAAAGGAUCCGAGACACAAAGGAGUUUGUCAUCAAUUUUUUUGUCUGCUAUGAAAGAAAAUAAUCUUGAUGCAGUGUUAGUGAGCCAUGUGAAAGGUGAAGAGAGCAUGGAGUUACUGAGAGGACUUGCAGACCUUGCUAAAAAAUGCCUAGAUAUGUGCGGUGACAAUAGGCCCUUUAUGAAAGAGGUUGCUGAUGAGCUCAAUAGAUUGAGGAAGCUUUCAAUGCAUCCUUGGGUACGGAUUGACUUGGAGAUGGAUGCUGAAAGCCUUCUUGGUGGAGAAUCUACUAGCGGUUAUGAAAUAGAAUUAAAUGGGUAUCCUAUGGGUGAAAGUGAGAACCAACCCAUAAACCCACGAAGUUCCUAUUAUGCAAGGUUAGCACUAUUGCUAUUUGAUCCAGCUCCUCGAUCUCGCUUUAUCCCACCACUCUUCCAGGCUAAGAUUCGUAGAGGGAAAUGCCUCAUGGAAGUUAGCCCAGAUCAACAUAGAGCUCCAGAUGAUGUUCAUGACCGGACAACCGACGAACAGGUGCUGCACAUUUUCCUGUCCAGAUUUGCAGAAGCUACAAAAUUGGCUAUGAGGGAGGCCUCUUUUAAUGAGCCGGUCAUCCGCCCAGAUUCUACCUCGUGUGGCCAGCCAUAUGAAAAAUUUGCAUCUAAGAGGGGCCCAAGAUUUCCAAAUACUGUCGGGGCUGCAGCAAAAAAUGCCCCAUAA